GACAGAUCAAUUUUAGGUUAGAUUUUGGCGUCGACCUCUGUCGUCAAAUUUCCAACUUCGAUAUCUGCAAAUUUUUAAUUUCUUUCAUUUGAUUCCAAAAAGAAAUUAUCAAUUAAUUAACAAUUAUAAAAAAAAUGACAGACACAGCAACAGAAGUAAAUCAAGAAAGAGUCUACGGAGGAUGCGAAGGACCCGAUGCUAUGUACGUAAAAUUAAUUUCAUCAGACGGCCAUGAAUUUAUAGUUAAAAGAGAACAUGCCCUUACUUCUGGUACAAUUAAAGCAAUGUUGAGCGGUCCAGGACAAUUCGCCGAAAACGAAGCUAACGAAGUUAAUUUUAGAGAGAUUCCGUCUCAUGUACUUCAAAAAGUCUGUAUGUACUUCACAUAUAAAGUUCGUUACACCAACAGUUCUACCGAGAUACCAGAAUUCCCAAUAGCUCCUGAGAUUGCUCUCGAAUUACUUAUGGCUGCUAACUUUUUAGACUGUUGAAUUUAUUUAUUUGUAAAAAAUAAUAUCGGGAAUUCAUAACUCUCGAUGAUAUAAGGAUAUAUUUACUGAUAAUUAUAGGUUAUGACAUCUUUUCAAUUAUUUUUAUCUAAUUUGUACAAUUAAAAUGAAAAAAUUUUGGUACACUUUAAUAUAAUAUUUGGUUUUAUUAUUUCUUGGUUAUGAUUAGCUGAAUUCAUAUUGUAUCUCAAAAGUGUACUUUUAAAUUUAAUAAAUUUCGAUCAAAAAAUCUCAAAUUGGUUUUGUUUUCUGAGUAAAAGGAGAGCAUAAUUUUUUUUUCUAAUUGUCGUCAAACUAAAUGAUCAUAUUUUUUAUUUGUAGAAUAACAUAUAUUUCAACUAUUACCUAAAUAUAUAGUUAAUAUGUAUUAACAAUUACGAAAAUAGUGUUUUGAAAAUAUUUCCAUCAAUAAAUGAAACACUAGAGUAUC